CUGUCAAACAUGCUAUAAACGUGUUUGAGACAAAGCGUGCUGAAACACUUCCAAAAGAAAUCUUCUAAUUUGUUGUGAAAAUCUUGUUUUAAAAGUUUAAAAUUAAAUAUUUUUGAAAAUGGAGAAGAAAGACAACUCAGAUUCGAAUAAGGAUCUAACUGAACAACCAAGGCAACCUACAAGCCUUCAGGGUCUUCUAAAAUUUGCCAUGGAAGCAACAAAAGCGGAGGAUGCUCCUUGUGAUAGUACAAUGGCUCCUAUGGAUCCAGAAAAGCAAAAGUUCCUGGAAGAAGCUCUCAAAAGCAUGACUGUGAAUGUUGGAGAGGAGUUGGUUAAUUCCAUAAAAAUUAUCACAGAUCCUGCAUCAUCAGAGGAUGAUCAAGUGGAUGCUCUUGAGACCAUCAAUCACUACAUCCUCAAUAUCGAUCAAGCGGACAAUUUUCACAAAAUUGGUGGAUUCUGUAUUCUCAAGCCCUGCCUCAGUUCUCGCUAUCAGUCUGUCAGGACGGAAACUGCAGCUCUGAUAGCCGAACUGGCACAGAAUAAUCCCUACUGCCAGCAACAUCUCCUGGAGAACAAUAUGCUGCAGGAGUUGACACCCCUCCUGACCCAACCCGAGCCAGUUUGUACUCGUGCUAUGUCUGCAAUCUCAGCCAUGGUAACAAACUUCCCACCAGGAAUGGAAAAUCUCUUUAGCAGUGGCGAAAUCGACAAAAUCGUCGCAGUUCUAGUGUCCAGAAAAGAGAACAGGCUAAUCACCAAAGUCACAUUCUUUCUUUCAGCCAUUCCCGGAUGCCAUCCGGAAUUUGUAGACAAGUUCCUGGACAUGGGAAUAAUGAAGUACCUCUCGGGACAUAUUCCUCCAGUUACCAGGGGAGAUUUGGAGGAUUCUCAGCUAUCGAAUAAACUCCAAAAUAUCCUCCUGGCCACUGUGAAUUUCUGUGCACACAAUCGGGCACGUGAUGAUUUAAGAUUUACCGCUGCUGAUCUUCCGGGAAGACUUCAGGAAAUUGCAAAAGUCGCUAGAAGUGACGAAGCAUUUGCAGAGAUUCAGGAGAGUGCAGAAAAACUCUUGAAGUUGCUUAAAUAAUAAUUUUUGUACUUAAUAAAAUAUAAUUUUUCGCCUUGUAAAAGUUCUUAGGGUGAAAGGAACGUCUAUUGACACUUUAAGAACUCGUGUCAGAACCUAUUGACACCCUACUCUGUACCAUUUGG